AUGACGCCAUAUGCGCUGCGCCCGGCCCAGGUCGAGGGCGCCUGGAACGAGAGCGGACGCUCGCCAAGCGUGUGGGACACCCUUACCCACACUCCAGGCAAGGUGAAGAACAAUGACAACGGCGACGUGGCUUGCGACCACUUCCACAAAUUCAGGGAGGACUUCAAGCUGAUGAAGGACCUUGGGAUCAAGAAUUACAGGUUUUCGUUCUCCUGGAGCCGCAUCCUGCCGGACGGCGUCCGCGGCUCGGGCGUCAAUUUCCAAGGGAUUGCCUUUUACAACGCCAUGAUUGACUCCAUGAUUGAGAAUGAGUACAAUUGUCUGUUGCGGCAACCCCGUCACUCUGUCCUCCGCUGA